CCGCAAAGCGCGGCUGCCGGGAAGAGCGGCGGCGGCGGCGGCCGCAGGUGGCGACGGGCGGUUGGUCGGUCGGGCGAUAAAAUGGCAGCUCCGGGGCGUCCUGGAGGAGGCGACGCUGCCGGCAGAAGAAGCGGCGGGGGCGGCGGCGCCAACUCCAGAGUCUGACAGCAGUUCUACAGCGCCGAUUCCUGGAUACUUCUGGAUCUACUCUGAUAAAAGAAGAGGGGCGGGAAAGGGCGAAUUCACAAGAAAACAAGAUGUCAGACACGGGGAGUAGCACAGAUGGGAAAACAGAUAUACCCAACGGGAGUUUGUCGAGCAGCCCGGAGGAGAUGUCUGGCGCCACGGAGGGGCGGGAGACGUCUUCCGGGGUGGAGGUCGAAGCGUCGGACCUGAGCCUGAGCCUCACCGGGGACGAGGUGGGGCCCAACCGGACCUACACCGAGAGCUCUGCGGAAGAGAAGGACUCUGACAGCAUGGACGACACGGGGCACUACUCCAUCCACGAGCUGAACCGGACCUACGACCGCUCCCACUCGGAGGAGGAGGAGGAGGAAGAGGAGGAGGAGGAGGAGGAGGAAGAGGAGGAGGAGCUGGAAGCCGAGGCCCAGCGCUCCCGCCGGCGGGCCCAGCGCAAACGCCCCAACCGGGACCGGGACUCCUCCGACGACGAGCGGGCGCUGGAGGACUGGGUGGCCUCGGAGACGACGGCGUUGCCCCGGCCCCGCUGGCGAGCCCUGCAGGCCCUCCGGGAGAGGCAGCUGGGCUCCAGCGCCCGCUUCGUCCACGAGGCCUGCGGCGCCCGCGUCUUCGUGCAGCGCUUCUGCCUCCAGUACGGCCUGGAGGGCCACGGCGGCUGCGUCAACACCUUGCACUUUAACCAGCGCGGCACGUGGCUGGCCAGCGGCAGCGACGACCUCAAGGUGGUGGUGUGGGACUGGGUGCGCAGGCAGCCCGUGCUGGAGUUUGAGAGCGGCCACAAGAGCAACGUCUUCCAGGCCAAGUUCCUCCCAAACAGUGGCGACUCGACCCUCGCCAUGUGCGCUCGGGAUGGCCAGGUCCGCGUAGCUGAGCUCUCGGCCACCCAGUGCUGCAAGACCACCAAGCGGGUGGCCCAGCACAAGGGCGCCUCGCACAAGCUGGCCCUCGAGCCGGACUCUCCCUGCACUUUCCUCUCAGCCGGUGAAGACGCCGUUGUCUUCACCAUCGACUUGAGACAAGACCGGCCGGCUUCGAAACUGGUUGUGACCAAGGAGAAGGAGAAGAAAGUGGGCCUCUACACCAUCUACGUCAACCCGGCCAACACCCACCAGUUUGCUGUGGGGGGCAGAGAUGAAUACGUCAGGAUCUACGAUCAGCGGAAGAUCGACGAGAACGAGAACAACGGGGUGCUGAAGAAGUUCUGCCCUCACCACCUGGUGAACAGCGAGUCGAAAGCCAACAUCACUUGCCUGGUCUAUAGCCACAACGGGUCAGAACUCUUGGCCAGCUACAACGAUGAGGAUAUCUAUCUCUUCAACUCCUCCCACAGCGACGGAGCGGAAUACAUCAAGCGCUACAAGGGGCAUCGCAACAACGCCACAGUGAAGGGAGUCAACUUCUACGGCCCCAAGAGCGAGUUUGUGGUGAGCGGCAGCGACUGUGGGCACAUCUUCCUGUGGGAGAAAUCGUCCUGCCAAGUGGUGCAGUUCAUGGACGGUGACAAAGGAGGCGUGGUGAACUGCUUGGAGCCCCACCCUCACCUGCCUGUUCUGGCCACCAGCGGCUUGGACCACGACGUCAAGAUCUGGGCCCCCACUGCGGAGACCCCCACCCAGCUGGCUGGCUUAAAGGAGGUGAUCAAGAAGAACAAGCGGGAGCGGGACGAGGACAGCCUGCACCACACCGACAUGUACGAGAGCCACCUGCUCUGGUUCUUGAUGCACCACUUCCGACAGAGGCGGCGCCACCGGCGCCGAAGAGAUCCGGGCACAGGAGCGACGGACAGCGACUCGGACGACUCCCCAAGCUCCUCGGACACAUCGGACGAAGACGAGGAAGGCCCAGACCGGGUGCAGUGCAUGCCUUCUUGAGAGAGCCCCGCCAGGC